AUGUCCGAAACCGCGCCGGCUGCUCCUGCGGUUCCCACGCCUCCUGAGAAAUCUCCAGCUGCCAAGAAGACAAAGAAGCCCUCGAAGGCUGCAGCUGCUGCCAAGAAGCCCGCGGGGCCUUCAGUGUCGGAGCUCAUAGUACAGGCAGUGUCCUCCUCAAAGGAGCGUAGCGGCGUAUCUCUGGCCGCCCUCAAGAAGGCGCUGGCGGCCUCCGGCUACGAUGUGGAGAAGAACAACAGCCGCAUCAAAUUGGGCCUUAAAAGCCUGGUGGGCAAAGGCACCCUUGUGCAGACCAAGGGCACCGGUGCUUCGGGCUCUUUCAAGCUGAAUAAAAAGGGGACCUCUGCGGAAGCCAAGCCUAGCAGCACAAAGCUGGCGGCAAAAGUUAAGGCAGCAGGCGCUAAGAAGCCCAAAAAGGCGGUUGGGGCUACUGCCAAGAAGAGUGCUAAGACUCCAAAGAAAGUCAAGAAGCCUGCAGCGGUAAAGAAACCUUCCAAGAGUCCUAAGAAGCCGAAAGUUGUCAAGGCAAAAAAGGUACCUAAGAGCCCUAAAGCUAAAGCGGUGAAGCCCAAGGCAGCGAAGGCAAAGGUGACUAAGCCGAAGACUGCUGCUGCCAAGCCGAAGAAGGCAGCUCCCAAGAAAAAGUAA